AUAUCAAUAGAUUUUAACGAUUAUUAUUUACUUAAAGUAAAAAUGCCUGUAGCUAGGCAAAUACGUCCUAAGGAAGCGAGCAUGCUCCAGUCCAGACGGUGGCAGUAAAUAUCUUGUGUGGAGUGAUCAACGACCAACAAAACAAACCUUGAGGGUGUAGGGCAUCUCAAUUUAGUGUCCUUUUUGUAUGUUUCAUGUGUAGGUAUUAUAGGUGACGCAUAUGUCACAGUCAGCACAGACCGGCACGAUGCCCACUGCCCCGGACUCCCCCUCUCUUAGCGUGACUGUCAGCGGAAAUGUGCAGAAAUAUGGCAUCAAGAAGAAAAAAGUGUUAAAUGCAGAGGAGACUGAGCUGUUUGAACUGACCCAGGCUGCUGGGAUCAUCAUUGAUCAAGAGGUUUUCAAGAUCAUAGUGGAUCUGUUGAAGAUGAACGUCGCUCCUCUGGCAGUCUUUCAGACCCUAAAGACUAUGUUUGCGGGACAGAAGGUGUCUGAAACAUCCACCGCUGACACAUCCACAGCGUCCCACACCACUACUGCACCUUCAGAGUCUAGAGAAGAGGAGUGUGUGGUCUCUGCAAAGAGCACUAAAACUGCAGCCCCUCCCUCUGCCUCUGCACCCCGCCCACCAAGGGGAGGGGCUAAGAUAGUGGUCUACAGCUCGGGUGACACAAGCGCUCAAGUACGCAGUAAAACAAGUUCAGGGCAAGGAGAGAAGACUGCAAGAGAUGGUUCCAGCCAGCGGGUUCCACGGCAGGUCAGCGCCACCAGGGGGCAGAAGAGUGCCAAGAGUUCUGGAAGUAGCAGCUCCUCUUCUCAGCUCACUUCCAACUGAAAUUCUACAUUAAACAAUGCAUACUAAACUCUCUCAAGUUACACUCCUUUGUUCUUGUGAUUGAGAUUCCUGAAGAAUUUAAAACUUUUUCACUGUAAAUAAAAAGUUGUUUUAAAGGCUUAUAGUCCUCUCCAUUGGGAUUCUUUGCUUGAAAAAAACUCAUUUUGCAUAAAAUUAGCAUCUUAUUCAGAGAGACCAUAGCUGAAGCUUAUAAUUUUGUAUGGUGUAUUUUCAGCUGUGGUGUUGAAAGUGGGAACACCAGACCCGAUUAGUGCAUACACUUUCACACCAAAACAAUAAUUUGAGGGAAAAUGCUGCAAAUCUUUAUUCUAAACUUUUCACUUUUGAAAUGUAUGUAACCUGAUAUUUUGUUUUAGAGGAACACAAACGCUGGUUCUAUUUAUUAUUUUGUGAGCCACUUUAAAUCACCUGUCUUGAAAUGUAGACAGUGAUGUCUAGAUUGGCUUGUGAAAUGUUGUUUUUAAGUUUUUAUAUGAUUUUUUUCAAGUGUAUUGCUCAAAUAGCUCUUUUACAUUUUGCUUCUGGUAAACACAUCCCAUGUUUUGAACACAUAAGUUUUAAAAUUUUAGAUGAUGAAGCACAUGGUUGUGUGUCAACAAUCUGCUUGAAUUUAAUUCAUGUAUAUGAAGCAAAAUAAACACUUUUUUUCCAAUUA